GGCUAUCUAAACAAAAUUGAAAUCUGAGAUAUCCAAGAAAGUAUCCGGCUAAACGAAGGGUGUGGGACGCGACGCUGCUGCUUCACCUUAUCCAACACUGUAAGACUCCAACCCAACCCCUAAACCCUCUCAUCUAUGGUGUCAAAGGUUGUACACAAACCCAGAAACUAACCACCUUAAUGUUCGCAACCUUCCUUUUCCAAACAACAUUUCCCACUACCGUCACUCUCCGAUAAUGGAACUUUCUUCUUCUUUUCUACUCUCCCCAAAACCAUGCAAUUACUCUUUCUCCUCCUCCCUCUCUCCGUUCCCGAUUCACCUUUUCAUCAGAAACUCCAAAUCCCGAACCUCCCCUUUCCGAAUUCUGGCGGUGGCCGUAGAGCCACAACAGGGCUCCCCCGAGAGCAGUCCCCAGCGACUUCUCAAGGAGCUCGCGGCACGAAAAAAAGCAACUUCCACAAAGAAGGGACCCCCAAGAAGGUUCAUUCUAAGGCCUCCAAUAGACGAUAACAAAUUAGCUGAAAGGUUUCUCAACAGCCCGCAACUCUCUCUCAAGUCGUUCCCUUUGUUGAGUUCGUGCUUGCCCUCGUCGCGGCUCAACAAUGCGGAUUGGUUGUGGAUUGACGAGUACUUGCUCGAAGCGAAGCAGGCUCUGGGGUAUACUCUCGAGCCCUCGGAAACGCUCGGGGACGAUAACCCCGCGAAACAGUUCGACACGUUGCUGUACUUGGCGUUUCAGCACCCUUCAUGUGAGAGAACGAAGGCGCGGCACGUUCGGUCGGGGCAUUCGAGGUUGUCUUUUCUGGGACAGUACGUGCUUGAGUUGGCGCUGGCUGAGUUUUUCUUGCAAAGGUAUCCAAGGGAGUCGCCGGGUCCAAUGAGGGAGAGAGUGUUUGGGUUGAUAGGGAAAAGAAACUUGGAUCAGUGGAUUAAAGCCGCUAGCUUGCAGAAUUUGAUAUUUACGUAUGAUGACAUGGAUAAGAUAAGGAAGAGGGAAAGGGACGGUCCUGUGAAGUCAGUAUUUUGGGCUUUGUUUGGGGCUAUCUAUCUUUGUUUUGGUAUGCCAGAAGUGUAUCGUGUUCUUUUUGAAGUCUUUGGAAUGGACCCAGAUGCUGAGGACUGCCAGCCCAGAUUGCGGAGACAACUUGCAGAUGUGGAUUAUGUAUCUGCUGAGUUUGAAGGCAAGCUAAGCUGGCAAGACAUCGUUGCAUAUAAGCCUCCUGCAGAUGCUCUGUUUGAACAUCCAAGGCUAUUUAGAGCUUGUGUUCCUCCAGGGAUGCAUCGUUUUAGGGGCAAUAUAUGGGAUUAUGAUACCAGACCCCAUGUUAUGAAAAUACUUGGAUAUCCAUUAGAAGUAACAGACAGAAUCCCAGAAAUUACUGAAGCCAGGAAUAUAGAGCUUGGACUUGGCUUGCAGCUUUGCUACAUGCAUCCAUCGAAGUACAAGUUUGAGCAUCCUCGAUUUUGCUACGAGAGAUUAGAAUACAUUGGCCAAAAGAUACAGGAUUUGGUGAUGGCUGAAAGAUUAUUGACGAAGCAUUUAGAUGCUCCGGGGUUGUGGCUGCAACAGAGACACCGUGGCCUUCUUAUGAAUAAGUAUUGUGGAAGAUAUUUGAGAGCCAAACUUCUCCACCGGUAUAUUAUAUAUGAUGAAAAGAUUCAAGACACUUAUGAGAAUAACCGGAGAAAAAGAAACCCAGCCACAACUGCUGUUCAACAAGCUCUUCAUGGGCUUUCAUAUCUUGUUUAUGGGAAACGUGACGUGAGACGUCUCAUGUUUGAGUUUUUUGACUUUGAGCAGAUUCAGCCUAAAGAAGUAGCCUAAAUAUGGAGACAAUGUUGACAACAAUUAAAAAACUCUUACCUUUUUCUUUUCUA